GGUCGCGUAGUCACUCAUCGCAGUUUCACUUCUGAACUCGGACGAGGUUUUUCGCACGCAAAAGUUGUCAUCUCCGCGCGUUUAAACAGUUACGGUCAUAAAUCCAGUAGCUAGUGACAAUCUGGAAUCAAUCCAUCGACGACGACACGUCAGGUGACGGUGACGGAAAAAAGAUCCGCGCGCGGUGUUCAUGUGACCCCUAAAAGUAUGUGAUUUUUCCUGGAGGUUGAAAGUGAUCGAAGCGGAUCAACGUCAAGUGCGUGGGUGAAGCCUGUUGAAAACCAGCGAAAAUGGUGACUUUAACCGAACGGACUUGGUGAUUUGCGGUUGAAGAGAGCGUGAAAUUGAUACGCGAAACGAACGAAACGAAAUCAAAUUGAACUACAUAUCGAGUGAUUAACGAAGCGAACUCGACAUGGUGAACUCGACGGCGACGACGCCCUCCCAGACCCAUGGCGGUGCCCUGUACUACGUGGUGGAAGUACCCCGGGAGGAGUACAUGAAGCAGUGUGCGGCCCAAGCGCAUGCAGCAGCCUCCGCCGGAGGUUAUCCGAAUGCGUCCUACCAGGCCCAGUAUGCGGCCCAUCAUCAGCAGUUUCAAAAUGUGCACAACACGACGAUCCUGGCGCGACUGAACAGUACCGAGUCUGGUUGGGAUAAUCCGUUCCGGCCCGGUGGCGACCUCUCGCGGGAAGCAGACGAAAUAGUCAAUCUCAUCAAAGGUGGCAAACCAAUCACACCGACCGGCGACCAGAACCUACUGAACGGUAGUGCACCAAAGGACAGCAGUCACCCGGCGGAAAACGGUGGCAGCACAGUGGUGGACGGCGUUGCGACAAAGCUCGAUGCGGCGCAACUCCAAAGCCAACCAAACGGAACGAAAUCUCCUCAAAAAGGUGGAGCGGCGGCGACGGCGGACGGCUCGCCUCACAAGAACGGCGGAAGUCAGGGGGCGACGGCAGUGCCGUCCCAAACGACGUCCACAACGACCCCGGUCAGCAACCAGGUGAUAGCGGGACCCCAGUCGGCGACCCACGUCGUCAUCGACGAGAAGAAGAAGAAAAAGUGCGCCUGCUGCGUAAUACAGUAAUCGGGAAGAGGGCAGCUCUGUACUGUAUCUGCUCUGCUGUUGGGCGGUUUUCUUUUUGUCGUGUCGCGUCGCGUCGCGAAACGACGACUAGUUCGCGUAGUAGGCGCAGCCGUUCGGGAAGGGGGGGAGUUGUGUACGUACGGUUUGGCUGUGUGCGUGUGAGUAUCCAUGAUGGUUUUUGUUAUUCGGUUGCGAUGAUAGAGGUUGCAAGUGUGUGUGUGAGAGUGAGAGGAUCGGAGGAAUUUGCUUUCGUCGUUGUCGAAAAAUAUUGUUUUUUUUUCUUUGUUUACAUCGUUUUGUAAGAGUUUUUUAACGCCAAUUUUAAGUUGCAAAGUUAGUUUAGUUUUCACAUUCUCACAUUAGUGACAGUCGGAAAUUAGGACCAGAGAGUAAGCAAGAGUCAAGGUUACUUUACAAAAGAAAAAGAGUAUCUAAAUUAUUUUUAUUUUUCCGUGUGGUGACCGUGUAAAGAUGUCGCCGGAAUGACAGAUGAGCGAGAGAAUGUUACAUAACAAGUGGAAAGGAAACAAAUACGAUUAUGUAUCUCUGUGUAACUGUAAACCUAUGUAACAAUUUACUGUAAUUUAGGACAAAUAAUGCUUCGAGGGUGGUUCGGUGCCGGUUUGGCCCUGGCCAGAGCAGGGUAGGAAUGUUAGGAUCCUAUCGUGGACAGAGCAGCCGAUGGCGGUCCACCGAACUAUGUUUUAUAUAUAGGAUUUUAAAUUAACAGACUCAGUUUCUUUAUGAUUAUUUAUACAUAUAUUCUAAAGCAUACAAAACAAUGGUAAUCAACUACGAUUAGUAUUGAGGUUAAGAGCAAUGUUAGGUUCGGACAUCUGCAAGGGAAGGAAUGAUAUUUUGAAGUGCUAGAUUAAAAGGUGCGAACAUGGAUAAGCCGUGGUCUUCUUCGGGAGUUUUUGGCAGCUCCUUUUGACAUUAUUUAUACUUACAGAAAUAAUGACUUCCUAAUGGACUUACCCACCGAUGAACUGAAUUCUCUCGGUCCGAGAAUUUUGUCACUAGAGCGGGGCCGUUGCCAGUCUGAAUCAUCCAAUUCUGAUUGAAAUCGGCGACGCUCUAGUGGCAAAAUUCUCGGACUGAGUGAAUUCAGUUCAUCGGUGGAUCAGACCAUUGAAUGCUCAGUGGUUCACUAAAAUGAACUCAUAAACUUUGUUUCUCAGAAGAAGAUAUCAACUGGUCGAAUGAACCAAGAACCACCAAAAGUAAUCAGACAUUCACUCGAUUAAUAAUGUGUUAUGUUAGACUGCUACAAGAAUCGUUAUCGACUCCAAACGUCAAACUUUACCACGGCUUACCAUGUGCGAGCAAUUGGUACGAAUAACGAAGCGGUAGGAAUGAAUUUUUCACUCGAUGUUUUGAAAAUGUGUAUAUUAUUUCUUAAAUCAAAGCAAGCAUUGCAUAUACAGAGAGUCAGUCACACAUCCAUUAGAACUGUAGAAUCCACCUCCUGUCUGUCUGUUGGAAUCGUGAAAAGAAAACAAGAACACACACACACAUCGUCAGGUACUCAGUCGGUAAAGUAGGCUACGGCGAUAACGGAAUAGUCUAGUAAUCGCUGUUACGCAGUAGGCGCAGGAAAAAUUGAAAACAUUUUAGUGAAAACAAAAAAAAACACAUAAAAUCGUAACUAAACAGAACCACGUGAUUGUUAGUUGAAGCAUAUUAAUUAAACAACUGAAAACAAACAAAAAUAAACUAAUGUUUAAAGUGUCGAAAUAGUUUAACGAAACUGGAAAAUCAGCAUGCUUUAUGUGCUACAAAAAGAAUAUUAUAAUCAAGGGAUUAACAAAAUUCAAUGCAAACAUCCCUGUUGCAGAACGACAGUUUCACGCGCCUGCACGCCACUCCGCUCUCCCGUAAAACUUUUGACAACAACAAACAAAAAAACCGUGUACCCAAACGAUAUCCCAAAUCAGCAAAAACAGCAACAACAACAAGUAAUAACAUCACACUGCGAAACGAAAACUAAUGUGUUACAAACUACGAACAGAAUAGGAAGAACAAAAACUUUUCACUACGAUUCCAUAAGAAAAACAACUCACUACUCUAUUUAAAAAAGAAAAAAAAAUCGAACAUCAUUGACUAUUUAGUGGAAAACAAACAAAAAGAAAAACUUGUGUACACUUUUAUGCAGAACUACUUACAAACUACGCAAAACAAAACAUCUUUAAGAAGCAUGAAAGAGAAGCUAACUAAACAGAAAAAUCCUAUUUAAGAGCAAAUGAAAAAAAACACUAUAAAAGGAUCAUAUUUACUUAGCAAAUGGAACAGACAUUAAACAAAAAAAAAACAAUUACACAAACACACACCACACACAAAAGGAUUAUUAAACGUAUAUAUUUUCGUACUAAACAAAAGAAUAAAAAAGCAGAUAACGAACAAGCGAGCAGAGCAUACACAGAAAAGUAGUCAGAAAAAGAGAUGAGAAUCGAUCAAAACACAACAGAAGUGUGGUGAGAAGCAAAUGGUGGCGGAAAGGGAAAAAGAAUCGCGAAACGUGCGGGAGAAAGAGCGGGAAGUCACGUAGUAAUUUCGAUAAAUAGUACAUCACCUCACCCGCUCGCUCGUACCCAACAGUUAUGAGGGAGCGAGAGGGAGAGAAUCGGAAGCUGGAUUCGGUAGGUAAAAUUCCAGAGAAAACAAACACGGAAAAAGCGGAUAAGCGAAUGUGUACAGAAAGGUUUGUGAAUGUGGUGGACAUGGAUGGGUCGAAGGCGAUGUUUGGUAGAAGAAGUCAGAAGGCAGACGCUACCUGGAUCGCGGAGAGAACGCGAGAGAACGAAAGAGCAGUGUGUAAAACCAGCAGAACAGAACCUAAUCGUUUAAUGAGAGGAAAAAAAGAGGUGAAGAAUAAGAGAUGAAACAAACAACCAGAACCUAAUUCAAAACUGAUAUAAAGAAACCUGAAGGAAAUAAAUUAAAUUAUAAAAACUUAA